AUGGCGCCACCAGCAACCGCAGCUGUAAUUCAAGCAGUUCUCGAUUCCCCAGGAUCCGCAAAUCCACGUUUGACUGAAGGAUCCGACGAGAAAACAUUGAGCAACUAUUUCAAAACAAAAGUCGAUGAUGCUCUUCAACAAGUCGCUGAUAAAGGUCAAAAUGUACGACGACUUCAAGCUCAACGAAACGAGCUCAACACCAAAGUUCGAAUGCUCAAAGAAGAGCUGCAACAAUUGCAUGAGCAAGGAAGUUAUGUGGGAGAAGUCACAAAAGCCAUGGACAAGAAAAAGGUUCUUGUAAAAGUUCAUCCAGAAGGCAAAUAUGUUGUUGAUGUUGAUAAAUCGAUUGAUAUUAAUUCAAUUAACGCUGGAGCAAGAGUUGCACUCAAAGCUGACAGUUAUGCUCUUCACAAGGUUCUUCCCAACAAGGUUGAUCCAUUGGUUUCACUUAUGAUGGUCGAAAAGGUUCCUGAUUCAACUUAUGAGAUGAUCGGAGGUCUAGACAAGCAGAUCAAGGAGAUUAAAGAGGUCAUCGAGUUGCCCGUAAAACAUCCAGAGCUUUUCGAAGCGUUGGGAAUUGCUCAACCUAAGGGAGUGUUGCUCUACGGACCGCCGGGAACUGGAAAAACUCUGUUGGCGAGAGCGGUGGCGCAUCACACCGAAUGCACAUUUAUUCGUGUGUCGGGCUCGGAGUUGGUGCAAAAGUUUAUUGGUGAGGGAGCGAGAAUGGUGAGGGAGUUGUUUGUGAUGGCCAGAGAGCACGCGCCGUCGAUUAUUUUUAUGGAUGAGAUUGAUUCGAUUGGAUCGAGUAGAGUUGAGGGAUCGAGGUGAGAGUUUUUUGGGAUUUUGGAGCAUUUUUGCAUCUAGAUUUGUUGGAAAUUGUCGAAAUUCGGGUUUCUGGGCCAUUUGAGCUGAAAAUUCGGUUUUCUAGGCCAUUUUAGCUGAAAGUUUGGUUUUCUAGGCCAUGAAAUUGAGAAAUUUGGUUUUCUAGGUCAUGAAAUUGAAAAAUUAGGGUUUCUAGGCCAUUUGAGCUGAAAAUUUGGAUUUCUAGGCCAUGGAAUUCGAAACUUUGGUUUUCUAGGCCAUCUGGAGGGUUUCUAGGCCAUUUGAGCUGAAAAUUUGGUUUUCUAGGUCAUGAAAUUGGAAGAUAAUGAUUUCUAGGCCAUCUGGAGGGUUUCUAGACCAUUUGAGCUGAAAAUUUGGAUUUCUCGGCCAUCUGGAGGGUUUCUAGGCCAUGAAAUUGGGAAAUUUGGUUUUCUAGGCCAUCUGGAGGUUUUCUAGACUAUUUAAGCUGAAAAUUUGGUUUUCUAGGCCACCUCGAGGGUUUCUAGACUAUGCAAGCAGAAAAUUUGGUUUUCUAGGCCAUGAAAUUGGAAAUUCGUGGUUUUCUAGGCCAUCUGGAGGGUUUCUAGACCAUUUAAGCUGAAAAUUCGGUUUUCUAGGCCAUCCCAGACCAAAUUUGUGUUUUCUAGGCCAUAAAAAUGAAAAAGUUGGUUUUCUGGGCCAUGAAAUUGGAAAAUUUGGAUUUCUAGGCCAUCUUAAGGGUUUCCAGACCAUUUAAGCUGAACAUUUGGUUUCCCAGGCCAUAAAAAUGAACAAGUAGGUUGUCUAGGCCAUCCCAGACAGAAAUUUGGAUUUCUAGGCCAUGCAAUUGGAAAUUUUGGAUUUCUAGGCCAUCUGGAGGAUUUCUAGGUCAAUAUUUGGUUUUCUAGACCUAAAAAAAUGCCCAAUUUUUUGCAGCGGUGGAGAUUCGGAAGUGCAACGUACAAUGCUCGAACUAUUGAAUCAACUCGACGGUUUCGAGGCCACCAAAAACAUCAAAGUCAUCAUGGCCACAAAUCGUAUCGAUAUUUUGGACCCCGCCCUGUUGCGUCCAGGAAGAAUUGACCGAAAAAUCGAAUUUCCGGCGCCAGACGAGAAGGCGAGAGCCGACAUUUUGAAGAUUCACUCACGCAAAAUGAAUUUGAUGCGCGGAAUUAAUAUGAGAAAGAUUGCCGAGCAAAUUCCGGGAGCUAGUGGAGCUGAAGUUAAGGUAACUUGGAUUUUGGGAUGAAAUUUGAAAUUUUUGGAAUUUCCCACUAGAAAAUCCACGUGGCCGAGGUUUUGCAAAAGUUCGGCCACGUGAAUUUCUGGCGGGAAAACAAGGAAAUUUGAGUUUUCAAGAUUUCAUGCUGAAAAAUCCACGUGGCCGAGGUUUUGCAAAAGUUCGGUCAUGAGAUUUAUGCGAUCCAAAAUUCUCAGAGUUAUGACGUGGCAAAAAUAUUUGAUAUUUCAAAAAUCGGACGAAAAAUUUGAAAUGUUAGAAUUUUGCGCCGAUGUUUUUGGCGCCAAAAAUCUGAAAUUCAAAUUUUUGAAACCUAGGGCCAAAUUUGAGCAAAAAUUUUGAAUUUUCGGAAUUUUUAAAAGUUUUGAAAAAAUCAUGUUUUCAUUCAAAAAAACUAAAUUUUCUCCUAAUAAAUCUAAAUUUCUCCCAAAAAGUUUCCAAAUUUGCUGUUUUUUCCAGGCCGUGUGCACUGAAGCCGGUAUGUUUGCCCUUCGUGAGCGUCGAAUUCACGUAACUCAAGAAGAUUUCGAAAUGGCUGUGGGAAAAGUUAUGCAAAAAGACUCGGAAAAGAAUAUGUCGAUCAAAAAAUUGUGGAAAUAA